UAAAAAGAAAAAAUGAUAAUCACAAUUCCAUUUUCAUUCGGAUUUUUUGAUGUAUUUUCUUUUUUGUUAGUUUGUAUAAUUUUCUAUGUAGCAAGAUAUUAUUAUAAUUAUUUCAUUCGUCCAAAUCCUUUACCCGGUCCAUUUCCACUUCCAAUUCUUGGUAACGUUCAUCAAAAAAGAGGAUUUGAAUUUAAUGAAUGGUUAAUGUUAAUGCAUAAAAAAUAUGGAGAUAUGUUUGAAAUAAAUAUGGCAGGGAAACGUUUGAUCGUAUUAUGUAGUAUUGAUUUAAUUGAAAAUAUGAAUAUAUCUUCAACAAAAACUAAAUAUCCUUUUAGAAAUAUCCAUUUUGAAGGAUCCGCUGAAUAUGGAUUACAAGGAUUAGCCAGUAAUAAUGAUCCAAAAUCUUGGAAAUACAAACGUCAAUUUUAUACUCAAGCUAUGAUGACUCCAAGUUUUAAUUAUCAAGCUGUUGAAUGGACUAAUGAAUUAUGGAAUGAAAUGGAAUCUUGUUGGAAUAAUCUUGGAGAAAAUUAUGAAUUGGAUCUUAUUAAAUGGAUGCAUAGAUUCUCAAAUGAAAUAAUUUUUAGGAUUUCGACUGGUGUGAAAAAUGAUACUGUAGUUUCUUAUUAUAAAAAUAUUGCUCAUGAAAAUAAUAUUAUUGUUUUAAAUGAAAAAGAAAGAGAAAAAGUUGAAGAAUCUGAAAAUUUUAUUCAAUCAAUAGAUACUUUUUUUAAAGGAAUUGUUUAUUUUGUGAUUUUUAAUAGGUUCAUGCGUCAUUAUAUUCCUUUUAUUCGUGGAAAAGUGAAGGGUUUAUUGAAAAAUAGAGAUUAUUUAUAUAAUAAAGUAUAUGAAAUUAUUAAAAAAAGAAGGAUUGAAAUUGAGAAUACACCUUUAGAUCAACCUCUUCGUCAUGAUAUGUUAACGUCUCACAUAACCGCAAAUACGAAACGUGAUAUCAACCCAGUAAAACAUGCUGAUGAUGAUUUAUUAAGACCGAUGACAGAUGAAGAGAUAUUUGGAAGUAUAAUCGAUUCCAUGGGCGCUGGAACUAUUACUACAGCAAAUUUUUUUUGCUUCAUCGUGUAUUAUCUCGGACGUUAUCCUGAGGUGAAACAACGUUUUCAAAAAGAAUUAGAUGAAGUUCUUGGAACAAAAUCCAUAACAUAUAGUGAUCUUGAUAAAUUACAAUAUUGUGAUGCAAUUAUUAAAGAAGUGAAUCGAAAUUGUCCUUUAAGUUUUUCAAUUGGUCGUGUAAAUAAUGAAAAAGAUAUUGUUGGAGGAUUUAAUUGGCCAGAAAGAACUUCAUUUUCAAUAUUUUAUUAUGCAACAAUGAGACGUAAAGAUUAUUGGACUGAUCCUGAAAAAUUCGAUCCUGAUAGAUUUUACAAAAUUGAUGAAAGUGAUAAAUAUUUACUUGAAAAGAAAUAUGCUAAAAAUUCUUUUACUAUGUUUGGAGGUGGAAUUAGAAUCUGUCCUGGGAGAAAAUUGGCGAUGAUAAAAUUAAAAUGUUUAUUAGCAUCAAUUUAUAGAAAAUAUGAUCUUGAAUUGGCAGAUAUGAAUGCACCGCUUAAAUCUAGUUCUAGUGUCAUUACAAUUUGUAAAGAAUUAAUUGUUAAAUUUAAACCAAGAAAAUUCUAAAAUGUGAUAGUGAUAAAAAUAAAUAAUUAAGUUAUAUUUAAUUUAAUUUACUUUCUUUUUAUAUGUCAUAAAUAAACUAAAUUUUAUUGUCCAGAGCGAAGUGAAGGACGUG